AUGGCACGAAGGUUAAGAUUGCAUUUUGCAGCCCGAAGAAGCAACACCGAUCCACUGUCAGAAACCUCUGAAGAUGACUUGGAUAAUAAUAUUUAUAUGCAUUUCAAAAGACCUUCACAGAAUUCUGCAUCUAGUGUCAUAGAAAUGAAACUGACUCCCAGGCAAGCAGUCUUUCCACCUGUAAUGCAGGAAAUAAUUAAUCAACAGCAAAGUGCAAGCAGUUCCUCGUUGCAAAAAAACAACAAAAAGAGCACUUCACUUCAGAUUUCCCUGCAGUCUAGAAAGUACAGUGGAUGUCUUCAGUCUGGUGAUACAGUGGCUACUAAUGAGGAUUCAUCAUUCACUGGUGUUGGCAAUGAAGGAAACUGUUCUGGGAGAAAUAUUGCUGAUUAUCCAUCUAACAUGAUAAAUACUACCAGCCACUUGAGCAGCACUACCAUGUUGAAUGGCAGUCUUGGCAGUAUUGCAGCCAGUGACAAUGGAUCCUUCAGUAGUGCUAGCAGUGACUAUGGAUCAUGCACAAUUUCCACAGGUGGUGGUACUUUUUAUAAUAGCAUUGUGUAUGAUAACUCUUCGUAUAGAAGAACUACAAACAAAUAUAAUUCCUAUAGGAAAGAUGCAUCUCAGGAAUGUUUGUGUCGAAGUAAUACUAUUUUUGACCAAGAUGGUUUGGAGCAAAUGAAAUUGUCAGCAAGGAGGAAAACUAAAGUUCCACUAAGACGUUGUUCAUCAUUGGUAAUUUUCCCUCGAAGCCCUUCCAGUACUCCACCAAUGUCUCCAACACAGUGUGUGGCAUAUCAGACCUCACAUAAACUAGUUAUUUCUCCAAGUGACCUGGCACAACAUGAAAAUCAAACUGGUAAUAAGGAGUUUCUUUCAACAGCAGUCAAUGGACUUCGACUCUCUAAAUCUGCUUUCUCUCCUGGUGAGGUUAGAGAGAUUAGACCACUUUACUUGAAUACUUCAUUACAGGCCAAAAGUCAAGCCACAGAUAGUUCUGAGCAGGCAACUUGUGAAGAAACAUCUGAUGGCUUUUCUUGUAUUUCAGUUCACCUUACUCAAAAAGUAUCUACAUCAAGGGAUGAAAUGGUUAAUAGUUGUGGCAGUCCAGAAUCAAAUCUGAACUCUAGUGCAGAGUGCCCUCAUUUAAAACUGACACAUAGCACAUCUGCGUGUUUACCCUCAAAAAACCAUUCAGAAUAUCGGAUUAAUGAAAAUGAACUAAAAAGACCUAAUAUUCAAAUGAACAAAACCCACCAUUUUCUGCAAAGAAGCAUGUCCUUAGAAGGUUCUUGCCAGAAAGUUUCUUGCUAUUUAUCUAGCCUUAAAUACAAGUGUCCUAAGGCAGGGGCAUCUCACUUGCACAUACAGUUUCGACCUGGGAAUGAAGGAAAAACUAAUGGCUUUAAAAAAAGAAAUGGAAUUUCCAAAAGGGAAAUGUGUAACAGGACUUUGUGGAAGCCCCUCAAGUAUCAUCUGCAGAUUUGAACAAGAUGCUUUUCACCCCCUCAUCCAAGUCACAGAUGAAG